UGCGAUUUUUCGGUCGAAUUAUAAGCCCAUCGAUAUGUCUCAAGUAGUACAUUUAGUUUCAAAAGCUGAUCAAGUCUAUAGUUGUCCAAAAACCUCAUACCAACUACAAAAUAUCAAAAUGAAACUCUUCUGUCUUUUAAUAUCUUUUUUCUUCGUGGAUGUGCUGGCCGAUUUUGAAACAUACUUGGAGUAUAUUUUCACUACAACUGAAGCCAUGAGACUUGCUUAUGAAAAGAAUGAUUUAACUGUAGGAGAUAGAUAUGGAGCAAAUGCAUUGGAGCAUAUGAUUGAGACAAUGGUUGAUGAUGUCAAUAAUGACAUUGACUACAUGGAUUUCUGCAAAAUUAAUUUUUUGAUCGCUGUACCGGAAAAUACGGAAAUUGUCGACAGAAUACCACAAUUUCCAGAUUAUCCAACAUUGGAAAAAGCCAGUUUUUUCCUUCAUAUAAUGCAAGAAGAAAUAGAAAGUAUACUGGGAUAUAGUGUGAUGGGAUAUAAUCCGGUUUUGACAACACCGGAAACCAUUGCAGACCAGAGAAGAGAAAUUGUUAUUCCAGCUUUACAAAAUAUAAUCAAACGUCGUUUAAUAGAUGAAUCUGUGCAGGACGAAGAGGACUCUUUAUUACCGAAUUGUCGUUUGCUUGGAUUAAACUUGAGUGCACAAUUUCCAGAAUCAUUCACAAAAGAACUUGAAAUUGACUCAACUAACCAUAUUUGUAUCCUAACGGACGAAUCUAAUGCGAAAAGGGUUUACAGAAAAAUUGACAACGCAUGGUCACUGACAAGCUUAGAAAAUAUAAACCAGUCUUUACAAACACUCGAGGAACAGUUACUGCUUGGAUUUCCGCCAAUUACACCUUCAUCAGACGAGAGCGGAAGCUCCACAGAUGAAGACAGUUUGCACGACCGCUGCACAGUGAGCUGAAAUCCUAAAAACGCGAUCGAAAAUAAUAUCUCCUAAAUUCAUGAUUUAAAACAUUAAAAAAAGUUCUAAUUAUAUGUUUAUUUGGAUUCGUUGAAUUCAACUUUAACCUUAGAUUUACAAUAAGAUAUUUAGGUAAUGAUACAUAAUUAUUGUUGUAUAUUAUACAGUAUACAUAUGGUACGAAUAAUUCACACCUCUAAUUAAA